AAAGAAACUUUUUUCACCUUUAAAAAAAAAAUGCACUACUGUGUGCUGCGCGCGUUCCUGCUGCUGCACUGGGUGCCGGCCGCGCUCAGCCUGUCGACGUGCAGCACCCUCGACAUGGACCAGUUCAUGCGCAAGAGGAUCGAGGCGAUCCGCGGGCAGAUCCUCAGCAAGCUGAAGCUCACCAGCCCCCCGGAAGACUACCCCGAGCCCGAGGACGUGCCCCCGGAGGUCAUUUCCAUCUACAACAGCACCCGGGACUUGCUGCAGGAGAAGGCCAGCCGCCGGGCGGCCGCCUGCGAGCGAGAGCGCAGCGACGAGGAGUACUACGCCAAGGAGGUCUACAAGAUCGACAUGCCGCCCUUCUUCCCCUCGGAAACUGUCUGCCCAGUUGUUACCACACCCUCUGGCUCAGUGGGCAGCUUCUGCUCCAGGCAGUCCCAGGUGCUCUGUGGGUACCUUGAUGCCAUCCCGCCCACUUUCUACAGACCCUACUUCAGAAUCGUCCGCUUUGACGUCUCGGCGAUGGAAAAGAACGCUUCCAAUCUGGUGAAGGCGGAAUUCAGAGUCUUUCGUCUACAGAACCCCAAAGCCAGGGUGCCCGAACAGCGGAUCGAGCUGUACCAGAUUCUCAAAUCCAAGGAUCUGACGUCUCCAACCCAGCGCUACAUCGACAGCAAAGUGGUGAAAACAAGAGCAGAAGGGGAAUGGCUAUCCUUCGACGUGACCGACGCUGUUCACGAAUGGCUCCACCAUAAAGACAGGAACCUGGGAUUUAAAAUAAGUUUACACUGUCCCUGCUGCACCUUUGUACCGUCCAAUAAUUACAUCAUCCCCAAUAAAAGCGAGGAACUAGAAGCGAGAUUUGCAGGUAUUGAUGGCACCUCCACAUAUACCAGUGGUGAUCAGAAAACUAUAAAGUCCACUAGGAAAAAAAACAGUGGGAAGACCCCACAUCUCCUGCUAAUGUUGUUACCCUCCUACAGACUGGAGUCACAACAGUCCAACCGGCGGAAGAAGCGCGCUCUAGAUGCAGCCUACUGCUUUAGAAAUGUGCAGGAUAAUUGCUGCCUACGUCCACUUUACAUUGAUUUCAAGAGGGAUCUUGGGUGGAAAUGGAUCCAUGAACCCAAAGGGUACAAUGCCAACUUCUGUGCUGGGGCAUGCCCGUAUUUAUGGAGUUCAGACACUCAGCACAGUAGGGUUCUCAGCUUAUAUAACACCAUCAACCCGGAGGCAUCGGCUUCUCCCUGCUGCGUGUCCCAGGACUUGGAACCGCUCACCAUCCUCUAUUACAUCGGCAAGACCCCCAAGAUCGAACAGCUGUCCAACAUGAUAGUGAAGUCUUGCAAAUGCAGCUAAGAUCCCUGGGAAAAUGGCAAGACGGUAACCACACGAUGAUGAUGAUGAUGAUGAUGAUGAUGAUGAUUCGACCACAACAUAACAAGUUUGUAACGAGAAACCCAAGAGUGCCUUGCUUCGUCAGUGUUAAAAAAAUCCUUUGGAAAAGCGGUACUAGUUCAGACACGUCGGAAGUGUGCGUUCUGUUUGUUAAAACUGGCAUCCGAAACAAAACAAAGCAAAAAAAACGAAACAAAACAAAAAACGCGUGGAAGGCUUGAUUCUACAUUGCACCUACUCUGUAAGUGAGAGAGACAAGAAGCAAAACCUUUUUUUUUUUUUUUAAGGAAAAAUAAAUAAACACUGGAAGAAUUUGUUAGUGUUAAUUAUGUGAAAGAAAACAAAACACACACAAAAAAACAGGAAAAUCCCGUUAAGUGGAGUUGUACAUACGUUCCUACCCCAGGCCUCACUUGAUUUGUCUGUAUUGCUAUGCAAUAGUCUUCCUUCCCUGUUCCUACUCUUAGAGUUAACAGUGAGUUAUUUAUUGUGUGUUACUACAUAAUGAACAUUUCAUUGCCCUUGGAAAAGAAAACAGGUGUAUCAAGUGGAGACCAAAAUCCUUUGCCAGGAACUCAUGGAUGGUUUAAGGAACUUGAACUCAAACGAGCCAGAACAAGAAAGAAAAGGGGAAAAAAAAAAAAGAGGUCAUAGGAGCAGGAUGAAAACCCAGGUGAGUUCUUCUGUGACCACAACAAGUCUGUGUUGAGGUAAAGACCCUGCAAACACAUGCUAUGUCCCAACUGCCCGAGGAAGGAUCUUGUAGGUUCAAAGCCAAAAGCCUGUUAAUAAAGGAAACUUUCCGUCAGAAGAA